UCGGUAAUAAGUAAAAUGAACUGCUCGGAUACCGAAACAGACUUCAGGAUGCCAAACCUGUGGACGUGCCAAUGGAAUGACGGCGUUAUACCUUUCGUCUACAAUUUUUAUUUAAGCAAUCCAGGCCGGUUGAGAACUCUCGUGAAGAAAGGUAUUGAUUUCUUAGAAAUGCGAUCGUGUUUACAAUUUAAAGAACGAGAUCCAAAGCAGCUGAGGCGAAUCGCAAACUAUACUUAUAUCUUUUACACCUAUUCCGGUGUUUUGGAGAGUUGCUGUUUUAGAUUUUUCUCUAAGAAACAAGGCCGAAGGGUGGUACUGAUCUCUCCACUGUGCUCUUUACCUGAAGAAGUUGCGCAUGUGACUCUUCACGGAUUGGGCUUGGACCACAGCAGGGGGUCCCCAUUUCAGGAGGAACAGACAAAAAAUGUGCUUUUUAACUAUCGGUUCCAGUGCGAAAAUAUGACCACAAAGUAUACAACGUUUUAUACAAAACUUGAACUGCCUGCAUGGAGAACUGGAACUGGUGAAGAACUUUCGGGACGUAUGCUUACUGCGCUUCCAGAAGUUCGUCUUCUCAGACAGACUCUAUUAAUACAAAAUCAAACCAUUUGAAGAAGUGAAUUGGGGAAGAUGUCCCACUUGUAAUAUAUAUCUUAUGAUAAAUACAGGUUAAGAAAGAAAAUUCACGUCGCCGCAAAAAAUAAAAAUGGUGCCUUGGUUAGUUAGCCAUUUUAAAAAUAAAAAUCACAAAACGAUCGUCAACCCUCCCAUGAAAGCUCUUUUGCGGUCUCGAGGUAUUUAACUUGAAGCCACAUAUAUUUUCAUAUUCAAUGUGUGAUGCACAUAAUUGCAAAAGCUAUCUUUUGGGCAAAAAAUUCUUUUUUCUAUCUAUGUACCUAUCACUAAUCCUGUAAUAAUCUUACUCUAGAGUCUCAGUCACAAAAUCGGCAUACUGUUGUUAUUAAAAACUAAUACAUAUCCUGGUUGAAUUUAUUCUUGAUAAGGACCUUGUCAUAUUUGGAGGAUUUGGAGUAGGGUACGGAGCUAUGAAAUUAAACGAGUGGAGAA